CCUUACGUUAUACACUUAAACUCAUAAAAACAGAGACAAACAAAAAAAAAAAACACAUUUUAUCAACAAAAACAAACAUCAUCACGAGAAAGAAGAACUGAAGAAGAAGGACGAAACAAAAAGGAAACAGCUCUCGUGAUCUUCCCCUCAGUCUUUCAAGAUUUACUAUCAAGCCCAAGAAAAAAACAAAGAAUGAGAAUUGGAUCUAAGUUUCUGAUUUCAGAUUCGUGAUUUGAUUUUCGUUUUCUUUUUGAGAUUUCUUAUGUGUCGGAGAGAUCGUUGGAGCUAUAUAUAGAUUGGAUUUGAUUCUUGGAAAGAAAUGGUGCGUUUAAAGCGACGGCAAGAGAUUAUAGAUCAUGAAGAAGAAGAGAAAUCAAACGAAGACAUAUCAUCAUCAAGAAGAGGUAGUAAACUGAGCUUAGCCGAGACGUUUCGGUGGCUUGAUUCAUCAGAGCAUCGCAAGAUUGAAACCGAUGGUCAUAAUGAUUACAAAUACAUCAUUCAUCCCAAAAAUAGGUCGUACAAGGCAUGGGAAACGUUUAUAUUGGUGUGGGCAAUAUACUCCUCUUUGUUCACUCCCAUGGAGUUUGGUUUCUUCCGCGGUCUGCCAGAGAGACUCUUUAUACUUGAUAUCGUUGGUCAGAUUGCGUUCUUGGUCGAUAUUGUUCUUCAGUUUUUUGUUGCUUACCGCGAUACCCAGACCUACCGAACUGUCUACAAACCAACACGUAUUGCUCUCCGGUACCUAAAGUCUCAUUUUCUUAUGGAUUUCAUCAGUUGCUUCCCUUGGGAUCUUAUCUAUAAGGCAUCAGGAAAACACGAGUUAGUGAGGUACAUGUUGUGGAUAAGGCUGUUUCGGGUGCGCAAAGUAGUUGAGUUUUUCCAAAGGCUUGAGAAAGACACAAGAAUCAACUAUCUCUUCACCAGAAUCUUAAAGCUCUUGUUCGUUGAAGUUUACUGUACUCACACUGCUGCUUGCAUCUUCUAUUACUUGGCCACCACUCUUCCUCCAGAAAACGAAGGUUACACUUGGAUCGGUAGCCUAAAGCUAGGAGACUAUAGCUACGAGAAUUUCCGAGAAAUCGAUCUGUGGAAACGUUAUACCACGGCUCUGUACUUCGCCAUUGUCACUAUGGCUACUGUCGGUUAUGGAGACAUACACGCGGUGAAUCUGCGGGAAAUGAUAUUCGUUAUGAUAUAUGUUUCAUUCGAUAUGGUUCUCGGUGCGUACCUUAUUGGUAACAUCACUGCCUUGAUUGUUAAAGGAUCAAACACAGAGAGAUUCAGAGAUAAAAUGAAUGAUCUUAUAAGUUUCAUGAACCGCAAAAAACUUGGGAGAGACCUUCGUAGCCAAAUUACCGGUCACGUGAGAUUGCAGUACGACAGUUACUACACCGACACUGUGAUGCUUCAGGACAUCCCAGCCGCUAUCCGCGCCAAGAUUGCGCAACGAUUGUACCUGCCUUACAUCAAAAAGGUCCCCCUUUUCAACGGAUGCUCCACGGAGUUUAUUAAUCAGAUAGUUAUAAGGCUACAUGAAGAGUAUUUUCUUCCAGGAGAAGUAAUAACAGAGCAAGGAAACGUUGUUGAUCAUUUGUAUUUCGUCUGUGAAGGCUUAUUGGAGGCUCUUGUUACAAAACCAGAUGGAUCUGAACAGAGUGUGACGUUUCUUGGGCCUCACGCAUCUUUUGGAGAUAUCUCCAUCAUUUGCAACAUCUCUCAACCUUUUACUGUAAGGGUUUGUGAGCUAUGUCAUCUUUUACGCCUCGACAAACAGUCAUUCUCAAACAUCCUCGAUAUUUAUUUUCACGAUGGACGCAAAAUCUUGAACAAUCUUGUGGAGGAGAAUGAUUCAAACGAGAGGAUAAAGAUGCUAGAAUCUGACAUUGUGAUUCACAUUGGGAAACAAGAAGCAGAUCUUGCAUUGAAACUAAACAGUGCAGCUUUCCAAGGAGAUUUCUACCAGCUUAAGAGCUUAAUCCGAUCUGGAGCCGAUCCUAACAAAACAGAUUACGAUGGAAGAUCACCCCUUCAUCUUGCAGCAUGUAGAGGCUAUGAAGACAUUACAUCGUUUCUUAUUCAAGAAGGUGUUGAUAUCAACCUAAAAGAUAAGUUCGGGAACACGGCAUUGUUCGAGGCUGUAAAAGCAGGACAAGACGGAGUGAUUGGUUUACUUGUCAAAGAAGGAGCCUCUUUUGAUAUACAAGAUUCCGGAAACUUCCUUUGCACGACAGUUUCGAAAGGCGACUCUGAUUUUCUCAAGAGACUGCUCUUAAGUGGUAUGAACCCAAACACUGAAGAUUAUGAUCACAGAACACCACUUCAUGUCGCUGCUUCUGAAGGGUUAUACUUGAUGGCUAAGAUGCUAGUUGAAGCGGGAGCUAGCAUUAGCUCUAAAGACCGGUGGGGAAACUCUCCGCUUGAUGAAGCCCGGAUGUGCGGUAACAAGAAACUGAUCAAGUUACUCGAAGAUGGGAAUGUAACCGCUGAGUCGUCAAGCUCUCAAGAACCACAACAGGAGAGAUUUGAAAGACGGAAAUGCACGGUGUUUCCUUUCCACCCACGCGAGGCGAAAGAAGAGCCUAGUAGAAAGCAUGGAGUCAUGCUUUGGAUCCCGAGUGAUCUCCAUAAACUUGUAGUAACCGCUGUGCAAGAGCUCGGGCUAUCCGAUGAAGCCUCAUUUGUUAUAUUAUCAGAAGACGAAGGUCGUAUCACGGAUAUUGAUAUGAUAAGUAAUGGACAGAAAUUGUAUUUGAUCAGUAAUACUACUGAUUAAACAUAAUGAUCGAGUCUUCCAUUUUUCUGAUCAUUACCACAAAGAGUCAUUUUGGGGUUUCAUUGUUCUUAAUCUUAUAGAGUGCAUUACAAAGAAGAACUCUAUUUUCAUAUAA